GGGAAUUAUUUACAGCUACAAUACCUAGAAACUGAACAUAUUUUUUCAGGACAAGGAGAAGCAUCUCACUAUGGUUUACUAAUAUUUUUUUCUUUUCUGUCGUUAACUAUACCUAGGUUUCUGCCUGGAAGCAUCGUUGAUCCACUGCUACUAGUUACGGAAGCCUGUUUAGCGAAAAUUUCUAUUCUGUUCAGAACAAUUUGAAACCACUUGAACUAUAUUUAGUUGUUAUCAAGGGGUUAUAAUAUUCCGUGUAUGCGCUGAAAAAACGCUUCAAAAUAUUGUCCAAACCAGAUGAAGGUCAUCCGAAGCUGGCCGUUGUACUUGCAUUGAAAUGGCAACUAUUCGAGAGUCCUCAGUACGGACUGGUUGAGUAUGGAAUUUACUGGUUUUUCAGCCAAACGAGUUUGUGAUUCUCUAGUGGUGAUUAUUGGAGGUGCUGUAGUUUCUGGUGCUAUAUUCUUGUUAUAUCGACGAGCAAACGAGAAAGUAUAUUGCCAAAACUUCUCAGACCUGCCAGUUGGGCUUCCAAAUCCUAGAAAUGUAUGUUAUUUUAAUGCAUUGAUGCAAGCAAUGGCAGCGAAUCCAAGUCUUAUCCGUCUCCUGGAACGCAGUGUCUACCAUCGACCGGACAAAUUCAUGUAUAGAUUGUUAUGUUUAUUGAAAGGUCUGCAAUGUUCUUCUCAAUAUAUUGCAGAGAAUAGAUUGGGUAGUUUACUAAAGAAGAAUCAUGAAGCGUUAAUUAACGAAAUAGUGAAUACACAAAAUUGGGUUAUUCAUGAACAACAGGAUGCUCAUGAGUUAUUUGGCUUUAUCAUGGAACGUGCUUGUAGUCAAGAUGAUGAUUUUUCCAGCAAAACAUAUGCUAGAAAAAUAAGUAAUCUGUUUAAUUUUAAUCUUCCGCAUCAUAGACGAAUAGUUGUCUGUCGAUCUCAUUGUUCCGCUAUUGAAAGUGUAAAGUUUCGUGCAGUUUUAUGCGAUGCAUUUCCUACUCAUGUGUUUGAACAAAUUCUGGUGAGUAGUCGGGUAACAUGUAAUUAUUGCAACUAUCAUAGUAAAGUGGUCAUUCAACCGGAAGCUUGCUUAACUAUAUUUUUAAGGAAUCCCGGCACUGUAAAGACAGAUGUGAAAGGCUUAAAACAUUCACAUGUCAAAACGUCUCCAGAAGUGAUAGAUCUUAUUGAAUGUCUUGAUGCUCAGUUGGCAACUGUCGAACCUAUACCUGAUAUGAAGUGCCCUAAAUGUCAGAAAACUUCGACAUCAAAAUCCCGUUCAUUAAAUUAUUGUCAACGCGAACAAUGGAUAACACACACUCCUAAAUACCUAGUUUUGUACAUACAAAGAAGUGAUUGGUUAAACAUAGCUAGCUUAUCUACUGAAUCUAAUAAUAUUCGCCAGUUUGGUGGAAAUCCUUUUUCAACUACCAGAAUUGCUACAAAGCGUUCUGAACAUGUACAUAUUCCGGAGUUUUUAGAUAUGGCGCCUUAUUUGUUACCAUGUAAAAUUUCAAAGACUGAGGCUUUAUCUCAGGCUGUAAAUCCAUAUCAUGACAAAAAUUCUGAAGGUUUACUUUCCGGUACUUCAGAAUUAUUAGAAAGAGAUUGUCCGAAACCAUACGUACUCCGUUCAGUUAUUGUUCAUGAAGGAGCAUUUCAUCAGUGUGGACAUUAUAUAACGUAUCGUAAAUGGCACACACCUAUGUUGCAUGUGCAAAAAAGGUCGUAUUGGCUAGUUCAUAUUUUGUCAAGUUUGUGUCAAUACGUUUCAAACUAUUUUCAAGGAAUAUCAAAUACACCUGAAGCUUAUAAUUCGCCAUGGAUACUGACUUCCGAUGCUCAUGUAAUACGUGUGCCGUUCAAACACGUGGAAUCAAGUCCUGCUUAUUUGUUAUUUUACGAACGUUUACGUGGAUGGGAUGAUCAGCGAUUUGGAAUAAAAUCAACGUUUAUUGCAAACGGCAUCAGCCAUCGUGGACAGCAUAGCAAUCAUACGCUAUCACCAGUUGAAGAGACUGAUACGGGUCACUCGGAAAUAUAUAGCGAAGAUGAGUGCGAUUCAGAUGCUUCGACUGAUAAACAAUGUGUUUUUAAAAACUUAUCAAAAGCAGACAUCAUUAGAUCUUAUGCAUUAUAUAAUUCAGCAUCUCAGAUGUAUGAUAAAUCAUGUGAUGUAUUCUACUUCCAAAGUGUUUUCUUUCCUACCUAUUUUACGGUUACGUGGAGUACUUUUGAGAAACGAUAUCAGGAUGUAUUGUUAUUUAUGUCUUCUGUAUUAGCGGUUCCAAGAUGAACUUUAUAUUGUCGGGAUAAGUAUCAUCAGUGCCUGGAAUCCUAUUGCCGUUGUCCAUUUCUAAUUAAACAUUGCAUGGCACAGGUCAAGACGUGUUGGUACUCAUGACACCGGUGUUUAUAUUCAGUCACCUAGAUUUUCAACAACAAAUAUUUUAAUAGGGAAUUAUCGUCGGUGUUUUAUUUUGUCAUUACAGAUAUAACUAGAUUUGUGUACAUGUUUUAUUUCCCGGGAACGCUCAUCACUGCAGUUUGUGAAAAAUGGAUUUUGUGUGGUACAUUAAGACUGACUUUAUAAUCGACUACUUCGAUUAUCACAAACCCUUUAUCAUCUCAUCCUGAAACCCAAAAUCUAUAGUCACCAAACUACAUAGGAACUGUCUUAUUUCAGUCAUGCAGAUAUUUUAUUAAAUGCUUAAGAUAUAGGAUAUUUAUAAUCGACGUUUCCAGCAAUUUGCUGAUUCACUUUAUCCAUCUUGUGCAAGAGAUUAUCAGUCCCGUACGAAAUUCGCACAGAAUUUUUAUCAUUACAUUUAGUUGAAAUAUGAUUCUUUUGGCAUGUGCUUCAAAGAAACUUGCUAUUAUUUUACUUGAUGUAAUUACUUGUAAUUGAGACAUCAAGUUAAUACACAAUUUCAGGUGCAUUUCUCAUGCUUAGUGUGAUUUUUAGCUUAUAUACAUCUUGGGAGAAUAACGAAAAUAUUUCUUUAAGAUUUUAUGCUUUAUUUAACUUUGACAUAAGCUCCAUUUUAGAAAGACGGAUAAUCGUCAUCAAGUUAUGUUCAAACAAUUGUAUUACUGAUUUUAUUUGGCAAAAACACAAUCGUCGGGUACCAAAGGAUUCCAAGAUAAUUUGCGAACACAUCUGAUAUUUAUCAUAAAUAAUAGAAGAUGUAAACGGGUCGUUGAGUCCGAGUUACAUCAUCGAGAGUUGCAGGAAGGGCACUCGUACUAGACUCUGUAUCAGGUUAUUAGUUUCAAGUUACUCUAGAAUUGAAAACAAAGUAGUGCGGUAUCGGUAAUGAGCUUGAACUCCUAAUAUUUGAUCCAGACGUUGGUACUUAACGAAUGCUAGUAAACUAAAAACUGAGGACUUCGGGAGAUAUACUAAAUAAUCGUAUAUGGUAGUUGGUGCAAAUAUAACUUGUAAAUUCUCCCACUUAUAUUUUU